AUGACUGGAAACAGCUCCUUUUUUGAUGAAAAGUUUUCCGAAGUACUCACUGUUGGCUGCCAAUAUAGAUUUGUGUGCUUUGUACACUUCACCCUCUGCUACCAGCGCUGGCAGUGGGACCAGCAGCACUUCGCCGAGCUCAAGGUGGUGCUGCAGGCUGAGCUCAUCCAAGCACAGCACCUGGAGCCUGACGGUGCCCACCAGACGCGCCUGCAGACCUGGCAGCACCUCUCCAAGUGCUACUUGUGGCAAAGUAUUCUGAAGCAAGCUAAAAAUUAUAUUAAGGAAUGCAGCAAAUGCCAAGAAAAAUUGGAUUGUUCCAGAUCUUUGUCUGAUCCUUCUGAAAUGCCGGAAGAACUAGGUUUAGACACAAUAUCUCACAAAGAUAGUAAUGAAACAGAUGAUGAAUUAAAUAACUCAGCGUCGCUUCCAGCAGCUUUGCCAAAACCUGUGAAAAAGAAGCAACAUGAGCUUGCUUUUGUUGAUAGCAAAGGUAUUGUGAAACAAACAUCUCCAAACCGUUCUCUUUCAGUCUUAAACCAACUGAAUCAGCAGCGGCUUUCCAAUCAGUUUUGUGAUGUUACUUUGCUUAAUGAAGGUGAAGUGUACAAAGCACACAAAUCUAUAUUGGCAGCCAACAGUGAGUACUUCAGAGAACUUUUAAUUGAAAAAGGAGCUGUUUCCAGUCAUGAAGCUGUGGUGGAUCUUUCAGGCUUUUGCAAGGCCAGCUUCCUCCCUUUGCUAGGAUUUGCUUAUACCUCAGAGCUGACGUUUGAUUUCUGCAAUGUGAAUGGGCAGAGCAAAGCCGCCCAUCUGUGA